UGUGCCACGACGCAGCCGAGGAGCACCAGCUGGAUCGGUUCCAGGUGUCCGAGGUGCAGUGCAGCAGCUGCCGGCUCCUGCAGAAGGUGCGUCCGGGAGGUUAUGGCCUGCUGUUGUGUCAGGGGAGGUUUAGGAUGGAUGGCAGGGACAGUUCUUGACCCAGAGGCACUGGAACAGGCUCCCGGGGGAAGGGGUCACGGCCCCAGUGCUGGCACAGGGCAGGAGGCAUGUGGGCGUUGCAGUCAGGCACCUGGUGGGAUGCUCGGAGCACUCCUGUGCGGGGCUGAGUGUUGGACAUUGUGAACCUUGUGGGUCCCUUUCCAGCUCAGGAUGUCCUGUCAUUACAGAGCAUAUGGCACAGGACUGCAUCCAGGCGGUUCUGGAAUAUCCCCAGUGAGGGAGACUCCACAGUCUCUCUGUUCCAGGCCACAGGAAGGAAGCUCUUCCUCCUGUGCAGGUGGAGCUGCCUGUGCAUCAGCUUCUGCCCAUUGCCUCUCGGCCUGUUUCUGGGCAGCACGGAACAGAGGCUGAUUACAUCCUCUUGGCACCUUCCACAUCCCUGCAGACAUGGCUUCGAUCUUCUCAGCCAUCCCUUAUCAGGGCCCAGCUCCCUCAGCCUGUCCUCUCCACUCUGUUGAUCACUUCUUAGCUCCCAGCUUUGCUCCAGGAGCUCCACACCCCUUUGGAGCCUGGAAGCAGGCACAGCACUCAGGACAUUCGUGUCCCCUCAGGCCCAGCAGCGCUGUGAGGGCUGUGGCAGCCUCUUUGGGGAGUACUACUGUGACAUCUGCCACCUGUUUGACCGUGACAAGAAGCAGUACCACUGCCAGGAGUGCGGCAUCUGCAGGUGCGUGCGGGCAGUGGGCCCGGCUCCGCGGGCACCGGCCCUGCCCUGACUCCUCUCUCCACAGGAUUGGCCCCAAGGAGGAUUUCUUCCACUGCUCCAAGUGUAAUUUGUGCCUGAGCCUGAGUCUCCAAGGAAAGCACAAGUGUAUUGAAAAUGUCUCCAGGCAGGACUGUCCAAUAUGUUUGGAGGAUAUUCACACGUCUCGUGUUGGAGCCCAUGUUCUGCCGUGUGGUCACCUUCUUCACAGAACAUGUUACGACGAAAUGCUGAAGGAAGGCUACAGGUGUCCCUUGUGCAUGCACUCGGCCUUGGACAUGACCAGGUACUGGCGCCAGCUGGACAACGAGGUGGCACAGACUCCCAUGCCCACCGAGUACCAGAACAUGAUGGUGGAGAUCCUUUGCAACGACUGCAACGCCCGCUCCACGGUGCAGUUCCACCUGCUGGGCAUGAAGUGCCAGAGCUGUGAGUCUUACAACACGGCCCAGGACGGGCGGUGCCGGCUGUCCUUGGAGGAGCAGUGACCGGGGCAGGCUCGGCCGGGCCCCGGCAGAGACUGGUUUGGGAACAAAGCAACUCUUGUGUCAGUAAAAAUUCCAGUUUUCCCAGUUCAAGGAGUCCUGUGCUGCGUCGGGGAGCAGGCAGGUGAGAGGAGCAGAAGGAGGAGAUGUGGCGAGCGGCCGGCGCAGCAGCAGGAGGAGUUUGGGGGCAGCUGAAGGGGAAGGGAGGUGGAGAGGCAGCUCUGGGGGAAAAUGGGUCGCUUUGAGAGGCCUUUGGGGCUAGUGCCAGCAUCCAGAGGGCCGUGUGUGGGGAUGUGGUGUUCCUGGGGAUGAUGUGUGUGCCUCCUGGGAA